AUGACAGGCAGUGGUGGCAGCCGGGGCUCCCUGAUCCUGGUGGCUUCAGCAGGGGGGGACUGCCAAGACCCCUUCACGGCGGCCGACCUGGGCGUACUGGCCAGCUGCCAUCGGGCCUUCUGCCAGGCCCUGCCGCGGGUCUCACCCUUCUGUGCAGUGAAGUGCAACAGUAGCCCCUGGGUGCUGCGUGUCCUGGCCACCCUGGGCACCAGCUUUGACUGUGCCAGCCAGGUGGAGCUGGAGCAGGUGCUGGGCCUGGGCGUGGCCCCCUCGUGCAUCAUCUACGCCUACCCCUGCAAGGCUGUCCCCCACGUCGAGUGCGCCGCUUGCCACGGGGUGAAGCUCCUGGUCUUUGACGUCGAGAAGAAACUCACUGAGGUGGCCCAGUUGCAUCCCUGUCCCAGGCUGGUCCUCCGGCUGUGGAUCCAGGACAGUGAAAGCAUCUUGCCCCUGAGCGCCAAGUUUGGGGCCAGCCUGAAGGUGUGUGAAUAUAUCCUGAAGUCUGCCAGAGACCUGAGGUUGGUGGUGGUUGGAACCAGCUUCCACGAGGGCUCAAGAUGCCAGGAACCCCAUAGCUUCACGCAGGCCAUCACCAACUGCCGGCGCGUGUUCGAGACGGGCUGCGCGGGGUCACAUGACAUGAGUCUCCUGGACAUCGGAGGGGGCUUCCCUGGAGAGGAGGGCUCUGACUCUAAGUUUGAGGAGGCUCUGGGUCUACCCCUGCUGAUGGUGGGAGUGAUCAACACUGCCCUGGCCCAGGACUUUCCCUAGGGGAGAGGCGUCGAGGUCAUCGCAGAGCCCGGCCGCUUCGACGCAGCAUCGAUCGCUGUCAACAUCAUUGCCAGGAAGGCUGUGCUGGAGCCCGGAGGCUGCUGGAAGCUGCUGUUCUAUCCCAACAACGGCCACUACGGCACAUUCUGCAUUUCCAGGGAGCCUGAACCCAGGAUGUCCAUUGUGGUGAAGGACCUCCGCCCCAAGCUGCCCCUCUUCUCUUGCACCCUCUACAGCCCAAUGUGCAAUGCCUUUGACAAGCUCUUCUUGAAGGAGGUGCAGCUGCCCGAGCUGGACGUGGGCGACUGGCUGGUCUUCCCCUCCGUGGGCGCCUACACGUCCGCUAUGAGCUCCGCCUUCAGUGGCUUCCCUCUCCCCUCCAUCUGAUGCGCCGUGGCACCCGAGCUCAGGUGUCUUGGGGGAGGUGGAAAGGGGCUGGGCAGUGAGGGGCUCUCACCAGGAUCUGAACUUGGCAAAGAAAGGGAGCUGGUGGCUGAGCUCUGGGGUCCCAGGCCCCGGAAAUACCCUACUCCCCCAACUGGCCCCAGCAAAGCCCAAGAUGUCUGGCUGACCUUUGACACUGGCCUCUGCCUGUGGGGUUGA